CCGCCCCGCCGCUGGGAUGGACUGGCGGAAGGGGAAGUGGGGGGGGCCGGCGGCGGUGGGGAAGAUGGCGUACCAGAGCCUCCGACUGGAGUACCUGCAGAUCCCACCGGUCAGCCGCGCCUACACCACCGCCUGCGUCCUCACCACCGCCGCUGUGCAGUUGGAACUGAUCACACCUUUUCAGUUGUACUUCAAUCCUGAAUUAAUCUUUAAACACUUUCAAAUAUGGAGGCUAAUCACCAAUUUCUUAUUUUUUGGGCCAGUUGGAUUCAAUUUUUUAUUUAACAUGAUUUUUCUAUAUCGUUACUGUCGAAUGCUAGAAGAAGGCUCUUUCCGAGGUCGGACAGCAGACUUUGUAUUUAUGUUCCUUUUUGGUGGAUUCUUAAUGACCCUUUUUGGUUUGUUUGUGAGCUUAGUUUUCUUGGGCCAGGCCUUUACAAUAAUGCUUGUCUACGUGUGGAGCCGGAGGAACCCAUACGUCCGCAUGAACUUCUUCGGCCUUCUGAAUUUCCAGGCCCCCUUUCUACCCUGGGUGCUCAUGGGCUUUUCCUUGUUGUUGGGGAACUCAAUCAUUGUGGACCUCUUGGGUAUUGCAGUUGGACACAUAUAUUUUUUCUUGGAAGAUGUAUUUCCCAAUCAACCCGGCGGAAUAAGAAUUUUGAAAACACCAUCUAUUUUGAAGGCUAUUUUUGAUACACCAGAUGAAGAUCCAAAUUAUAAUCCACUACCUGAAGAGCGGCCAGGAGGUUUUGCCUGGGAAGCGUGGACACUUUUGACAGCUCAACAAGAAUUUUAACUCCAGAAGCACUUUAUGAAAUGGCCACUGAUUCACCCAGAAGACGUUUCCAGCAGUUCGCCAGUGGCUCCUCACUACGCUGGUACUGAAUGUGUGAUCUCUCAGAGCCAAAAAACUGGAGCAACAAAUACCCUGCCACCUCUUAGGAACGAGUACCUGAUACUUGAGUUCUGUGGUGACGGGCAGAGUGUUUUCCUCCUCUUCCUCCUCCUCUUUGAUAGACGAGGCCGUGGUGUAAAUGGAAGUUUCAGAGAGAACGAAAUAAAACUGAAUUCCAUCUCUCUCUCACUGAAUUAAA